AAUGGCUUCCCCCCCCCACUCCCCAUUGGAAACACUUUGAAGCAAGGGCCCUUCUAAGCAUCUCCGUAGCUAGAAAAGCUUCUUGGGCCAUUUCUAGAUGUUUGCGGAUGGUGCUCCGGACGAAAUCCAACCGAAAUUAACAGAAUAUAAAUUAGUCAUUGCAACGGAGCAUGAUUUUUUUUUUCCUUUUUUCUUUUUCAGCUUUGUGUUUUGUGAGUUCACUCCCUCGGAAUGCAACCGCAGAAUAAACAACCGUGAAGAAUUCUGAAGCACAGCAACAACCUAUGAAUAACCGGUCUCGCAUCGGAAGGAAUUUUAACCCCGAACUGGCUCAAUCGAUGUUGUUUUUAUUUCUGACGAGGAGGCCAGAAACAACUAAAAAAGUUACUGUUUUUUUUUUUUCCAAAAUCCAAAGCAGCUCCUUGUAGUGCAGGAUUUUUUUCUCUUUCUGAACGCGACUCUUCGAUUUUGGAGCACAGGCCGUCCUCGGCUCACGAGCACAGUUGGGAGAAGAAUUUCCAUGGCUAAGCAAGAUUCGGCUGCCUAACGAUAAGCCAUUUCGAAAUAAAAAUCUGGAUUGUGAAACUGAGAGGAGAAAAGCAUCGGACAGACUGCUGGGCACACAAAGUGAAUUUGCUGGAUACCUCCAAGAUUAUUGGUGACUGGGGCUGGCUCAUUUAUCCUUCCCAUGGGUGGGACUCCAUCAACGAGAUGGACGAAGCCUUCCAGCCCAUCCACACCUACCAAGUGUGCAACGUCAUGACGGCCAACCAGAACACCUGGCUCAGGACCAGCUGGAUCCAGCGGCACGGCGCCCACCGGGUUUACGCCGAGAUCCGAUUCACCUUGCGGGAUUGCAACAGCAUGCCUGGCGUGCUGGGCACCUGCAAGGAAACCUUUAACCUUCACUACCUCCAAUCGGACCGGGAUCUGGGCAGCACCGCCCGGGAGAGCCAGUUCGUCAAGAUCGACACCAUCGCGGCCGACGAGAGCUUCACCAACGUGGACCUGGGGGUCCGCAGGCUCAAACUCAACACCGAGGUCCGGGGGGUCGGGCCGCUGACCAAGAGGGGCUUCUACCUGGCUUUCCAGGACAUCGGGGCCUGCAUCGCCAUCGUCUCCCUCCGGGUCUAUUACAAGAAGUGCCCGGCCAUGGUGAGGAACCUGGCCGCCUUUUCCGAAGCGGUGACGGGGGCGGAUUCCUCCUCCCUGGUGGAGGUGCGGGGGGAGUGCGUUUCGCACUCGGAGGAGAGGGACACCCCCAAAAUGUACUGCAGCGCCGAGGGGGAAUGGCUGGUGCCCAUCGGGAAGUGCGUCUGCAGUGCCGGCUACGAAGAGCGGAAGGACGCGUGUUUGGCCUGCCCAGUGGGGUUUUAUAAGUCGUCUCCUGGAGACCAGCUGUGUGCCAGGUGUCCCCCAAACAGCUAUUCCGACACCUUGGCCGCGCAGGUGUGUCGCUGUGAAAACACCUUUUUCCGGGCUGCCCAGGACCCGCCUUCGGCCGCCUGCACACGUCCCCCUUCGGCUCCCACCAACCUGCUCUCCAGCGUGAACGGCACGACGGUGACCCUGGACUGGGCUCCCCCGCUGGACAAGGGCGGGCGGCGAGACGUCAGCUACAACGUGAUCUGCCAUCGCUGCCCCUGGGGCGGGGGCCACUGCGAAUCCUGCGGGCCCGGCAUCCGUUUCCUCCCCCAGCAGAUGAAUUUGGCUCAAGGGUCUCUCUCUGUCUCCAACCUUCUGGCUCACACCAAUUACUCCUUCUCGGUGGAGGCCGUCAACGGGGUCUCCGACCUCAGCUAUGAGUCCCCGCGAUUUGUGGCCGUCAACAUCACCACGAACCAGGCAGCGCCUUCCCAAGUGACGGCAGUCGAGCAGCAAAACGUGGGUCAGCACAGCGUCACCCUCCUGUGGCCUCAGCCCGAGCAGCCCAACGGCAUCAUCCUGGAAUACGAAAUUAAAUAUUACGAGAAGGACAAGGAGAUGCAGAGCUAUUCCACCCUGAAAUCCAAGGUCAACCGGACCACCGUCCUGGGCUUGAAGCCGGCCACCCGCUACAUCUUCCAGGUCCGGGCCCGGACGUCGGCCGGCUGCGGCAAGUUCAGCCAGGCCCUCGAAGUCGAAACAGCCAAAGCAAUAGUUCCCCAAUACGACACCAUGACGGUGGUGUGGGUCUGCCUGACACUCAUCAGCGGCUUGGUAGCCCUGCUUCUGCUCCUCAUUUGCAAGAAGAGGCACUGUGGCUACAGCAAGGCUUUCCAAGACCCAGAUGAAGAGAAGAUGCAUUACCAGAACGGGCAAGUGAAAUUCCCCGAAUCUAAAUUUUACCUGGAGUCUCACACCUACGAAGACCCCUGUCAGGCUGCCCACGAGGUCAUGCGGGAAAUCGACGCGUCUCGGAUUAAGAUCGAGAGAGUUAUCGGCUCGGGUGAAUCCGGAGAAGUCUGUUACGGCCGUCUGAAGAUCCCCGGGAAAAGAGAAGUGCCCGUCGCGGUCAAGGCCCUGAAACCUGGUUACACGGAAAAGCAGCGGCGGGACUUCCUCAGCGAAGCCAGCAUCAUGGCCCGGUUCGAUCACCCCAACGUUAUCCAUCUGGAAGGGGUGGUCACCAAAAGCAAACUCAUGAUGAUUGUGACCGAGUACAUGGAGAAUGGAUCCCUGGAUUCCUUCCUCCGAAAACACGACGGGCAAUUUACGGUCCUCCAGCUGGUGGUCAUGCUCAGGGGCAUCAGCGCCGGCAUGCGCUACCUCUCCGAUCUGGGUUACGUCCACCGGGACCUGGCGGCUCGUAACAUCCUCAUCAACGGCAACCUGGUUUGCAAAGUCUCGGACUUCGGCCUGUCUCGCGUUCUGGACGACAACCCGGAUGCCGCUUACACAACCACAGGAGGCAAGAUCCCCGUUCGGUGGACGGCCCCCGAAGCCAUCACCUUCCGGAAGUUCUCCUCGGCCAGUGACGUCUGGAGCUACGGCAUCGUCACGUGGGAAGUGCUGGCCUAUGGCGAGCGACCCUAUUGGAACAUGACCAAUCAGGACGUCAUUCAGUCGGUGGAGGAAGGCUACCGGCUGCCCGCUCCCAUGGGCUGCCCCAUGGCCCUUCACCAGCUGAUGCUCAGUUGCUGGCAGAAAGAGCCAGACGACAGGCCGCGCUUCUCCCAAAUUCUCAGCGUCCUGGACAAGCUGAUUCGCAACCCACAAAACUUAAAAUGCACAGCCACGGUCAACAGGUUCACCCAAACGCUGUCCGAACGAGGCCACAUUGAUUUCACCCGCUGUGGCUCUGUGGGAGAGUGGCUGGAUUCGAUUCGGCUAGGAAGGUACCAGGAGAAUUUCGCCCUGGCUGGCUAUUCGUCUCUCGGCAUGGUGAUGCACAUGAAUAUUGAGGACGUGCAAAACCUGGGAAUCAAUCUCACGGGCCAUCAAAGGAAGAUCUUGACCAGCAUCCAGAUCAUGAGGUCCCAGCUUCUCAACACCAUGGGUUGCAGAAGACCCCUCUGAUAGUUGUCGCUUGUUGUUGAGUGUGGUUUCACGCGGGGAACCCUACCGAGGAGUUAGCAGGAGCCUCGUGCGUGGUGUUAGCGGUGGGAUACCCCUUUCGCUGCUCAGAACGAGGAGGUUGAAGGGGCUCCAGAAACAGGCUGGGUCCUGUUCUGACCAUUCAUCCCUAGGGGGGACUCCUUCAGACUGACCUUCUUGGCCUCUACCUGAUCGGGUAGGGAGUGGGGGUCUCCCGUAAAAGACGGUCUUUGUAACUAACCGUAGAUUCUUACAGACUUGUACUUUUUUUUUAAGCCACUGAUCGCAAUAACUCUUUUGACCUGCACCCUCAACGGCACCUUCACCAAGGGGGUUCAGGAAGGACCUCUCUAUGCUCCCCCCCCUACUUCCAUCUGAGGUGGACAACCUGCAGCUGAACGGGGACUGCUCUGGAGACCUCAACAAUUCUUCCAGGUGUAUCCGGAGCCCACAAACUCAAGUCCCCUCUAAGAUCUCCCAUCUCCCCUGGCCCAUUCUCUGCUCUCUUUCCCAGCUCCGACCGGUCUCCCUCUGUCCCUCUCUUGCUGAGGAAAGCGGGAUUCUCACCCACCUCAACCUCUUGGCCUCUCCGGGUCAAGGUACGUCCCUGUGGCCGUGUCAUCCAGGGACGGACAGUCUUCCGUUCCACGUUCCUUCAAUCCGGAUAAUUUUCUGAUCGUCCUCGGUGCUGUCUUUGAUUAUCGACUUACAGGGUAUAUAUUUCAUUGUCGCUCAGGGGUGGAACGCUGAACCCGUCACACACACACACACACAUACACACACACACACACACAAAGAACAACUCAACAACCUCGUUGCUCUCUUCCUCCUCGUCCUUCCUCUUCCAGUCAAGAUCGUUCUCUGUUUACUUCUCGGGGGGGGGGUCCCUGAUCAACUUGAAAACCCUCAAAGUCCAUCACGGGAGGUCUCAGAAAUACAUCUGCCUCCCCUACACAGCUGAUCAACAAAGCUGGUAAAAAUGGACCUUACGUCGAGAAGGACACCUUCCCAGGCCAAGACCCUCUCACGACUUCCAGGAUCAACAAACCUGGUUUGAGAUCCGGGAGAGCAUCCGAUUGACCCCCGAGAUCUUGUAACAUGCAAUAAUAAAAAAAAAACCCUCCCCAAUUCUACAGGGUGACCGCCACCUCAGAUCUAGCCUAGGGCUGUCCAGUGGCGAGUAUUCUUCCUAUGGAAGGCCAUUCUUUCGUUUUUGAAGCAAGGCAAUACGGUCCGUCGUAGCUGGGAGAAGCAGCCCCGGGAAAUCUAGGGGAAGCCGGGCGAAGAGUAGAGGGCUGCACAGGGUGGGAGAGAAGACACCUCAGGACAGGCCUCGUUCUCCAAAAGCUACCCCUACUCUGUGUAAUGGGUGGGCUCGUGAGGACGGAACGGGACAAAUCGGCCGGGACAACUCGCCACGGCCAAGUCAGCAACGGUCAAUUCGCCAUGGGAAAACAUGCUGUGGGACAAUUCAACCGUUCUUACUAUUAUUUUAAUUUUUGUCAUUCCCGUUUCAAGUUGCCCUUUCUUCGGCCUCCUUUCUUUAGUGAUUUGAUUUGACUUGUUUUUUCUUCGGUAUUAGGGUAACUCUUCUCCCACGGCCAGUUUUCCCGUGGCGGAGUUGGCCGUGGCGAACUGGCUACGGCCAAUUGGUCACGUUGAGUUGGGCUGUGCCGGACAUGGCCAGGGCGAGUUGUCCUAGACCCCACGAGGACGGGAUGAUGCUUUGCUUAGGCUGCUGGAAGGAGGCGACGGGGACGGUCCUUCCUGGUUGACCUGUGACGCCGUCUGUAUUUUGGCAUUCCAUCAAACUUGUUGGAGAAUAAAAAGUCUACUCUUUA